GCGGAGCGCGGCAGAGCCACUCGCCCUGGCCGGGGAUGCCCGGCGGUAUCCUCGCUUCCCCGGGACAGAAUUCCCGGAUACUCCGGUCCUGGAGCUGCGUGUGCUCCUGCUCUUACAGAGCGAACGAGGGAAACCCGUUCCGACCACUGCCGGCUCCGCGCGUCCCUUGGGUUGUGCGGCACCGCACUCUUGUCACCAACAGGUUCUUUCGGGUCAAAAGGGAAACAAAGCUGUUCACAUCAUUAUCUCUAUUUAUCAUUAUAUCCGUCAUAUGUAUGUGUUCAGUUCUUUCCUUAGUGCUUUUUUCCCAUGUAAUACUUUCUUUUUUUUUUCCUGUUAGUGUUACUCACUGUAAAGUUUCCAUUUGUAAUCUGUUAUCUUUACAUCUCUUAUUUAUAUGUCGCAAAAUUAACGUAAAGAAUCAUAUAUGCUAGAGAGUUAUUCUAUUACCACUAUAGUUUCAGCAGUUUCAUGUACCCAUUCACAAAGCCUGGGAAGACUGCUCUACAUUUAUUAGCAAGCCUUUAGCAGCAUCUCUGCAGCAAGUUGGGCUAUUUCUGACAUAACUUUCCUGAAACCAUUGUGGGCUGUGUGGAGACAAGGACUUCAGGAGUUUUGUUCUUCAAAUCAAAAGGGUGGUGAUUCUACAGAGGAGAGAUGAGAGGGCUUCAGGGGGAGUUCUUGCAUGUAAAACAAAACCCCAGCCUAAUUUAAAUGAACAGUAAUGCAAUAUAUUUAAGGUGCUGACGUUAUGAACUUGGGCUGUGUAAGGGGGUGGAUUUUCCCUGUUGUUUGUGCUGCAUCCCCAUUCCCAGCACUGCCUGUCCCUGUGCUGUGCCUGGCUGCAGGAAAAGUGUGGCAGGUGAAUAAUUGAUGUGGAACAAAAGUGCUGCUUGAGUGGGCAAAGAGCCCUUCUCUUCCUGCAUAGGAGACAGGUGGCUGUGGGUGUGUGCCCUGAGACAGCUCUGCUAGCAAAGGCUGGCCCACCUCCCAUGGCUGCAGACCUUUCUGUGCCUGCUCCCUCCAUCACACUCAGCCUCGGCCCUUAACCCGUCCCUUUUCAUCACUGAUCAUAAAUCCCAAGGUUCCUGUUUCUGUUUUAGGCUCAGGAGAGAAAUGAGCUUUAGAUGAUAGGUUUUGUUCCGUACUUUUCCAGCCUGAUCCAGUAACAGCUUCAUUGCUCAACAGUCCUCUCUCUGUCUCUGCUCCUUGCCCUUAUCACCCAGCUCAUCUUUCCUGGCUGGGGCUCACCAAGUCCAGCUCUUCACUGCCUCCAAGGCAGGCAAGGAGAUACACUUCAGUGACUCGAGCAGCACCUGUGUCUCAGCAUGCUGCCGUCCUUUGGAUUUCUCUUUGACAUUGAUGGGGUGCUGGUGCGAGGGAAGACCCCCAUUCCUGCUGCCAGAACAGCCUUCCAAAAGCUGGUCAACUCUCAGGGACAGUUCCUGGUGCCCGUGGUCUUUGUCACCAAUGCAGGGAACUGCCUGCGCCAGAAGAAAGCUGACCAGUUGUCUCACCUGCUGGGGGUUCCAAUUUCACAAGAUCAAGUGAUGAUGUCACACAGUCCUCUGCGGAUGUUCAAGCGUUAUCAUGAAAAAUGUGUUCUGGUAUCUGGACAAGGACCACUUCUUGAUAUUGCUCAAGACCUUGGUUUCUGCCAGCCCAUCACCAUUGACGCCCUGCGGGAGAAACGCCCUCUCCUCGAUGCAGUUGACCAUGACAGAAGACCCAAUGUCCUGUCCCCUUCUGCUGUGGAGCUUCCCAAGAUUGAGGCUGUGGUGCUGUUUGGGGAGCCAGUGAGAUGGGAAACCAGCCUGCAGCUGAUAAUUGAUGUUUUGCUGACAAGUGGCUAUCCUGGAAAUCCCUAUGAGCAGGAAAACUACCCUCACAUCCCCGUGCUUGCCUGUAACAUGGACCUGAUGUGGGUGGCUGAGGCACAGUCCCCAAGGUUUGGGCACGGGACAUUCAUGGUUUGUUUGGAAAACAUUUACAAGAAGAUCACUGGCAAAGAGCUGAAGUACGAGGUGUUAAUGGGCAAGCCCAGCAGGCUGACAUACCAAUAUGCAGAGCACCUGAUCCGGGCGCAGGCCCUGCAGAGGAGCUGGGAGCAGCCCAUCCAGACCCUCUAUGCUGUGGGGGACAAUCUGAUGACGGAUGUGUACGGCGCUAACCUGUACAACCGCUACCUGCAGAGCUCCAGGACAGGUUCCAAAUCCCGCCUCCAGGCCAAGGUUUCUGGAGGCAGAGGCCCUGCCACACUCUCCCAGGACAAUGAGAUUGGGCUCAGCUGGGAGAACGAGCUGGCAUCUGCAGCUGCUGCCCACUGCAGAGAGGAAGACAGUCCUCCAAGCCUCAGGAUAUUCCAGAUUCUCCAGCUCCAUGGACUGAACUCCAGCUUGGUGAGUGGCAGUUUGGGCUUGGCAGACCCUCAAAAAGCCAAAAUGCUGAAAAACCAGCAGUUGAAGGUAAUAAAGGAAAUCAUAAAUAGUGACCUGGAUAACACUACACACAGAAGGCAGUUGGCAGAGGUGGAAAUCUCUUUCCAUCAGUGUAAAGCUGGGAUUACAGGAGUUUCUCUGAAACUCAGUGGUGUGCCUGUGUGCUCUGUAGGUUGAACAGAAAUGGGAACUAACAGAUAUCACAGCGUAUCUCACACAGUCUGUAUUAAAAUCUUUUGUCUAGACAAGGAUGAAUUCUUGGGUGAUGAAAUAUAUCCUGUUUUCAGCGUUGACAGAAACAGGCUGCACACUGAGAAGUGUCAGGGAAGUGUUUUUGUGGUCGUUUCUGUGAAUAAAACAGAUGAGUGGAUAUUCCAAAUAGUACAGGUGGGUUUACUUUGUGUAAAGAUUGUUUAAUUUCUAAUUCAGACUACCUAGGACUCAGCUGGUCUUAAAAGUUCUCCUUCCAUUGUGUUGGUCUUGUAUGCCAAUCUGGAAUCUGGGCUCAUGCUAAACAUGCCUUACAGUUUAACAUCCA